ACGAUCCAAAAUUAUUUUGUUGUUCCUUCAAUCUUAAUCCAUUUCCUCUCUGUGGUUGGAGGAACCAAACAACAACCAACAAAUACUCCUACUACUAGUAGCAGCAGUGCAAUGGCGGAGCUGGCGGUGGUGGAGGGCGGCGGCGGCGGCGCAAUUCCGCCGCCGAAGCUCAUAAGUUACCUCUCCUCCCUGCUGCAGCGGGUGGCGGACUCCAACGACCUGGCGGCGGCGGAGGAGGGGGAGGGGGUGUCGGUGUUCCACGGGGUGAGGAGGCCGGGGAUAACGGUGGGGAGCUACUUGGAGAGGAUAUUCAAGUACGCCAACUGCAGCCCGGCGUGCUUCGUGGUGGCGUACGUGUACCUUGACCGCUUCACCCACCGCCACCGCUCUGUUCUCAUCAACUCCUUCAACGUCCACCGCCUCCUCAUCACCAGCGUCAUGGUCGCCGCCAAAUUCAUGGAUGAUAUGUAUUACAACAACGCAUACUAUGCAAAGGUGGGAGGGAUAAGCACAAGAGAGAUGAACCUUCUAGAAGUUGAUUUCCUGUUCGGUUUGGGGUUCCACUUGAACGUCACCCCCGCCACUUUCCACUCCUACUGCGCUCACCUCCACGCCGAAACGCUGCUCCUCCGCCCUUCGCCGCCGCCGCCGUCCUCCCAUAAUGAUGACCUCAUCAUCAUCAUUCCAGACACUUAUAACACGUCCACUACAACUACUACUAUCUCUUCUUCUUCUUCUUUGGCAAUUCAAAAACAACAACAACGGCAGCUUGCUGUUUAAUUAUUAUUAUUGUUAUAGUAUGAGUGUAGUUUAUUUAUUUACUUAAAGCUCAAAUCAGAACUAUUUCUUUUUUGUUUAUGUCAAUUAGGGGUAAUUAUUUAGUGUCCGUUUGUGUAGCAGCAGCAGGUAUAUAUAUAUACUACGUAUAUACUUACUAGUUAGUGUUUUUUAUUUAAUUACUCACGAGUAAUUAAUUAAUUUCUUGUUUGGCCUAUAUAUAUAUAAACGUACUAAUAAUAUAUUCUGGUUGUUUUG